ACUUUGUUGAAAUUUUGUGCGCCUGUGUCAAUCAUUGAACGUACACUAAUAAAAAUGCUUACUUCAACCGUUAGGUAGAAAUUUGAUCAAAUAUUUAUACCGCAUAUUAAAUGAAAUAUAAUAUUAAAUAUAUAGUGACGUUUCUUCAACAAACUUAUGCAAUCUUUAAAGCUUAAGUUAUUGAUCACAGAAACAAAAAAACAGGUUAAAAGAAGAGAGAGAGAGAGAGAGAGAGAGAGAGAGAGAGAGAUGGCUUAUGCUGCUGCGAUUUCUCUUAAAAACACAAUUGAGCGCCUUUCAAGUUCUUCUCAUAUUUCCAUUGUCACAAAAUACUCUCGUCGAAACAUAAAACUCCUCUACAAAGAGGUUCUUUCUUUACUAGUAGUUCUUGAAGAAUUGGAUAGCAACAACAACAUUAUCGACAGGGCGAGGGUGGAUGCUUUGGAUGGACUAAUCAGAGAAGCAGUAUAUCGAUUCGAGGACGCUCUUGAUAGCCAUGUCUCGGAUCAAUUUAUUUCACAAUCUGAAGGAAUCGACGCAGAUAAGAUUCAUCAACUAAUGUUAAUCUCCGUAGACUUGAAGGAUCUAAAGGAGGAUAUUGAUUUCUUUAUCCACACUGUAAACGAGAUGAUGAAGGCGUACACCAGUGAGUUACACGACCUCUUACCUGUAGUAGAAGAAGAAGACGAGGAUGAAGAUGUUGAUGGUGAUGCUGAUGGUAGUGAUGACUUUUUCGAUUCACGAACCGAAUUUGUUGAAAAUGAGACAAUGAUGGUUGGAUUAUCCGAUCUAUUUGUGGAAAUCAAGGAAAGGCUUAUGGACACGUCAGCAGAAUCUGAACGAGUGAGUCUCUCGCUAGUGGGGAUGGCAGGCAUUGGUAAGACAGCCCUUGCCAAUAAACUAUACCAAGAUUCGUCGAUUUCGAGUCAUUUCGAAAGAUGCGCGUUUGUGACAGUUGGCCCAGAAUACGUAUUGGAAGGCGUCUUGGUAGAUAUUCUGGAGCAAGUGCAUGAUGAGGCCGAUGAGAAAAUGGAUGUGGAAGGACACGACAUACUUGAUGGCUUGGAAAUGAUGACUUACACGAGUUUAAAGGAACGAAGAUACUUGAUCAUGCUGGAUGAUGUGUGGCACCCAGAGAUUUGGGAUGAUUUGUUAAGCGUAUUUCCGGACGAUAAUAAUGGAAGUCGGGUCUUGCUCACGACUAGGCUACUAGAUAUAGCUUCGAGCAAUUGGUGCGAAAUACGGUUCCUAGAUAAAAAAGAAAGUUGGGAUCUUCUUCGCCACAAGGUGUUUGGCGAAAUGACUUGCCCUCAUGAGCUUGAGAAACCUGGAAAGAAGAUUGCAGAGAAUUGUGAAGGUCUUCCUCUAACAAUCGUCACAGUUGCGGGUAUUUUGUCGAAAGCAGAGAGAACAACGGAGUACUGGAACAAAGUAGCUGAGAAACAGACUUCGGUUUUCACAGAAGCGUAUGAUCAAAUGUUUGAGGUACUAUAUCCAAGCUACAACUACUUACCUCAACAUUUAAAAGCGAGCUUUCUGUAUGUGGGAGUUUUCCCUCAAAAUUGUGAGAUCCGCAGCUCCACACUCACCAAUUUGUGGAGUGCUGAAGGAUUUCCUGAUGCAAAAUCAGAAUUUGUCGACGAAAAAUCGUACGUGUUUUCGGAACAUUACACGACAUUCCUUGAACUUACCUCAAAAAAUGUUAUCAUGAGCCACAAGGAGAGUUAUAAUCGUAUAAUGAAAACUUGUAGCCUUCAUUCUCCAUUUUGGUACAUGUGUAACAAAGAAGCUCGAAAAAACAAGUUCUUCUAUGGCGUAAAAAGUCUUGAGGACAGUUUAGCGGAAGGCAAUAUGAAGAAUCAACGCAGGUUGUGCAUUCGAAAUAAUGUUUUAUUUGCUAUCAAAGAUGCGUACGAUUCAAUGGAGUCCAUUUCAACGGUACGUUCUCUUCUAUGCACUGGUCAAUAUCAUCAAUAUCCAGUACCACUAUGUUCGGGUUUGAGGUUGCUUAGGGUACUUGAUGCUCUUUCAAUCCGGUUCUACGAGUUCCCAGUGGAACUACUUAAUUUAGUCCAAUUAGCAUACCUUGCCGUUACAUUCAAUGGAAAGGUCCCUCCUUCAAUAUCUCGACUUUGGAACCUUAAGUGGUUGAUUAUCAAUCGGCAUUGGAGCAUCAUUUCCCAUGGUGCUCCAUUGCAAUAUAUGCCGAUAGAGAUAUGGAAUAUGCAAGAAUUGAAGCAUCUCCAGGUAAUGGGAAUCACUCUAUUUCCUCCUACCGAAGGAUCUUUAUUACCAAAUCUCUUAACACUUUUAGAUGUGAGUCCUCAAAGUUGCACCAAAGAUGUUCUUGAUAGAAUUCCUAAUCUAGAUAAGUUAGGAAUUCGAAUCGAGUUGUCUGUUGAUGAUGUUGAACCAGCCUUAAGCUGCUUCGAUCAUAUUUCACACCUCGAUGAACUACGAUCACUCAAAUGCGUCGUUUUGAAUCCUAUAUUCAAGCCUGACAUUGUUGCCCCACCAGCUCCUCUUUCGAUAUUCUCAUCAAGUCUUCAAAAGUUAAAUUUGAGCGGCUUAGGAUAUCCAUGGGAAGAAAUGCGCAAUAUUUCGUUGUUGCCAAAUCUUAGAGUGCUCAAACUGCGGUGUUAUGCCUUUCGAGGCCCGAAGUGGGAAGUUCGUGGGAAUGGUUUUCGAAGGCUUAAAUUUCUUCUGAUUGAAGACACUGAUUUGGUGCACUGGACAUUUCGAGAUAAUCCAUGCCUCUAUGUGCUCGAGUCGAUUAGCAUGAAAAAUUGCUACAAGUUGGAAGAGAUUCCUCUGAGCUUUGGUAGAUUUCUUUCGAAGAUUGAAUUUGUUGACUGCAAUCCUAAAGUUGUGGCUUGUGCAAAGAUGUCGAAAAAAUAUUGGGACAAACGAUAUUAUGAUACAAAACCGUUAGAUCUCGAUGUCCAUUCUUCAUGGGAUGAUAAGAAGCUAGUUUCAUGAGUUUAAGUUAAAUUGAUCCAUUUAUUUUAUUUGUUUUUGUAAAAUUGAAUAAACGGUUGUUUUCUAUGAUUUGGGAAUUAGUUUUAAUUGUCAGGCCUUAUUAUUAAUGCUGGAACACAAUAAUCAAAUUAUUGAUUUACAAUAGGAAGAUGUAAUGAGCAUUGUAUGCUCAAAACAUGGUCUAAAAGAAUUCAAAG